ACGGAACGUCGUUUUUUUGUAGAAUCUCAUGAAAUGACUUUACUGACCCAUAACUUGUUCCAAAAUACAGGAUGCAGGGUUAUCGCAAGACAACCAACUUAAUGCAAGCCAACUAAACUUUCUCUUGUCACAAAAGCUUGCUAGACAACCCGGAGCAUUGUCUUUUUUGACGAGAACGAAGAGGAGAAGCAAGAAGAGGCAUUUAUACACAAGCAGUUGGAAGUCAAGUUGAAUGAAAUCCAAUAUCACGUCGAAAGCAAGUGUACUUCAGACCCUCAAAUCAUCAUAAAAGAUUUUCUAGUAUCGAUACCUAAUAUCAAUCAAUUUCGAGUACACUUCGACUCAAGUCUUUCGAACGUAUUUGGAAUACGAAGAACAAACAGUCAACUAUUCGGAAGAAAAAACAUUUUAUCUUACACUUGAUAAAACCUACCCACAAUAGUGUAUCUCCAAUGCAGUUACAAAAUAUACCUAUAUCGAACCUGAUUCUCUUUGAGAGCUAUUCAAGAGGUUCUUUUCAAUAAGUUUGCCAUAGAAGAAGUCGAGUAAGUGAAUAAUCCAUUUCAGAAUUUUCGAUGGUCAUGCAAGCUUUCAAAGUAAUUUCAGUUCUUGAAUGACACAAAGUUUAUGUAAGUAUAGUGAAAUUGUCAACACGGAGGAGAGUGUUAGAAACAUAACUAGCGAAGGAAGAGGCACUCGUAACCCUGUGUAUGGAAGGGACUGGGCUUCCCUCACAAACUCCGUUUCCGUCUUCCCUUCAGUUCCUGUGGGGUUAUAUUCGAAUAACCAAGUUUCUCGAUGGAAAUGGAAAGCGUUUUCAAGUGCAAAAAGGAAAGAUGGACUAGAGCUGUUCCAUUGGAGUAGAGAAGACAAGGAUGAAGAGAAGGAGGACUUGUUUUCGAACUUGAACAAAGAAGCGAAAAUAUUGAAAUAUACCGAUUCAGAAUAUGAAGUCGUGUGUCAAGAAACGAAUAGCGAUUCUUCUUGGUCACGUGAAGAAACAAAUCUCUUAUUUCAACUGUGCGAAAAGUAUAACCUCCGUUUUACAGUGAUUUACGACCGUUGGCCAGAUGAAAGACGUUCUCUGGAGGAAUUGAAAAAUCGUUACUAUAGUGUUGCUCGAAAAUUGGCGGAAACUCGCAAGUUUGAGCCCAGUACAAGGAACAGUGUCAUAUUCAAACACGUCCAAGCACUAAUUGCAAAUCCCUUUGAUGUUGACUAUGAAAGACAAAGGAAAGUUCAAUUAGACAACGCGUUUCAAUUUUCAAAGAAGGAGCUGGACAGGGAAGAAAACACGGUUCGAGAAGCUCGUCAGAUAGAGGCUAAUAGAAAACGCCGUGCAAAGGAAAGACAAAGAAUUCAGAAACUGCUUUCAAGAGGAGGGGAUAUUAGGCACCCUGCUUCUGUACAUAUCGUUCCAUCUGUCGAGUAUCCUUCCGGUCAGAAGGAGCACUUUUCGAACAGACACAGGCAGCAGCAAAUUGGAAAUGCGUCGGCAUCUGAAAAGUAUGACCGUAAAGGUAAUUUUCCACGUCGAAGAUAUCAUUCCGGUGCUUUUGAAAGAAGUAGCAUUCUGUAUACGCCUGUUAGUCAUUCACAGCGGAAUAUUCGGAGAGUGGAAGGAAUGUUAGAAGAACUCGGAGUGGGCCUUCGUCCUAUGCCUACUGCAACAAUUGUAGAAGAGUUUGAUUCACUUCGUUUGGAUCUAUUGAAUUACUUUGAAGCAGAGAAGGUGCUUAUUCGGAAGGAGUGGGAUCUACAUAAUUUAAAGGUGAGGCUUUCAAAACUUCGAGGAGAAGAACCGCCUCCGGUUCCUACUUUUUUGGCAGAAAGUUCUCGCAAACAAGAAGAUACUGGGGUAAAUACGUCUCAUCGUAAGCGGAGAAAACGCCUAUGACUGUGUUGUAUGAGUGACAAACGCCAUUUCACUUGUCUA